AUGGUGUAUAGAGGGAAGCCCUCAGCUGGUUGCGAGAAUUGCCGCAAGGCGAAGAAGCGCUGCGGUCUCGAGCAGCCAGCCUGUGAAAGAUGUGUCAAACUCAAGAAGAUAUGUUCUGGAUAUCGAGACACAACGCAGUUGCAGAUUCACGACGAGAGCGCUGCUGUCAAACAGAAAGCAGACCGCCAAAAAGCUCGAUACACAGUCGCGGUAACGAGAGUACAGAAUGGAGUCGCUACGCCCAUGACCACAAAUGCCCUUACGCCACGCAGCGACUCAUCAUCUAGCAGCGACGACACGAUCGACGUCUCACUGCAAAUGGCCUCACAGGCCACGGACUUCGACUCUUAUUCAUGGACUGAUCAUGACACGGCCGCUUUGAUCAUGUUUAGCGGUUCUGUGGUACCAACCACUCUCAAGCCCUCUGCAGAUGAAGUUGCUACUACUUAUUUCAUGUCGCACUUCACGUCACCUAAUGGGCACUGGAUGUUCCUUCGCGAAUGGGCGAGGUCGACCACCAUGGAUCCAGCCCUCAGUCUUGCAAUUCGUGCUUGUGGCAUGGCCGCACUGGUCAAUGUGGAGAACGUGGUCCUUGGUCGAGAAUAUUCGACUUCAUUGUACGCCGAGGCUCUUGGUCUGCUUAAUAGCGCACUGCGAGAUCCGCAACGCUGUAUAAGAGACGACAGUCUCGUUGCUGUCAGCAUGUUGAGCUACUAUGAGAACAUCACCUGCGACAGCCGGCAAUCGAUUGCAUCGUGGAAAGCACACAUCAAAGGCGCAACACAACUGCUAAAACUUCGUGGAAAAGCGCAGUUCAAGACUUCAGCAGGGAGGAUGCUCUUUCGAGAAACGCGAGCCCAAAUCGUGGUGCAGUGCAUCUGGGAUGAUCUGGAGCCUCCCGCGUUUCUAUGGGAUCUUGAACAAGAACUCGAACGAUUGUCCCCAAACUCCGACUUGGUGGUUCCAGCUGAUCAGCUUUCGCGUAUUUGUUACAACUUCGCGUCUCUGAGAAGCAAAAUGCGACUUUGGCAGCUGACUGAUUUUGAGGCUAUGGAAGCAGCGACCAAGAUCGAGCUCCGCGUGAUACAAUGGUCUAUCGAUACCAUGGCUAAAGGUCCGCUAUGGAGAUUUCAAGACCUAGAAGUUGCAGACUCUCCCCAUGUCUGGAAAGGCAUAGUGCACUCCUACGGCGGCCAUCCGGCGGCAAGCGUAUGGAAUACAUAUAGAAGCAUGCGAAUCAUGUUGACACGGACACAAGAAAUGCUCACCCGUCGGUUCAAGCUUCCGCAGGAACAACAAGACGAGCAACUGGCCUACUUCAGAAGAGUGCGACGACAAAUGACAGAUGAUAUAUGUGCUGGAACGCCGCCUCAGAUGGGCCAUGCAGCGCCCGCGUUUAACUCUCCUUGCGUUCUUGUGACGGCUUACUCCUCAAUCUGGCCGCUCUUCUUCGCAGGUACUUGCGCACUGGAGAGGAUUGGCAUUCAGGCUUGGGCCGAAGCUGUGCGAGGAGGACUGUCGCACUCAUCUUCUGCAGCUAUCGCUCAAGCUACGUGGAUCGUUGGGCGCCUGUCAUACAUCUCAAGAGAUGUUGGACUGAAGUGGGCUGAUGGAGUAGCUGCAAGUUUGCAAGGCGACUUUUCAAUCAUAGACGACGUUAUGCCAGAGGAUGAAGACGAGCAGAACCUCCAAGAUCAAUGGCGACAGUCCAUGAAAGAAGCAGUGCGCAGCAGGGACGAAGACUGUUCGGCCUGGAACAAGAUUAAACAAGAUUCUGGGCGUGCACCACGUGUAGUGAUUGAAGUUGAGCCCAGGCAGACACAAACACGAAACUUCCCUAUCUGGCGAGGCGGAGGAAGAAAGACUGGUGACGAUGCAACCGCUGGAGAUGACCCUCGGACGUAUCCUGGAAAGCAGAUCGCGAAAGCAUUGCCGGCUGUCGCCAGCCUUCCCACAGCCAACGCAGCUCGACACAGACCAUGA